AUGUGGCUGGCCGUGGUAUUCGUUCAAGCGAUGGCGAUGGCAACGGCCGCAUCGGAGCCCGAUUGCGAAGAGGAAAUUCUGAAUGGCUGCGUGGAUCACGUGAUGAAAGUCUUGAACCAAGAACCCGCGUCCCUCCUUCACUUCAGGGACGACAAUCACCGUCAGUACUGCAAGUACGGCGCACUCACCACAUCUACUUUGCAUGAUGCUGCGGCGUUUUCCGAUGGGAUCAAGUGCAUGGAUAACUACACGCAGAACUGCUUGGAGGAAGACGGGAGGGAGGUGUUUGCGAGGAUGUAUCCCGGCCCGAGGAUCGUCUACUCCUUCCUCUGCUUUCAUGAAUCCUUCCGGAAAGAGUUCCUGACUCAUUCCAAGUGCUAUGAGGCCAUCUAUCCGAAGAUCCUCGUUUGCUUGAAAGAUUCCGAAUCUCAACCGAUUUCGGCCAAUUCAACCCAACCCUCCUGCUGGGCGGGCGGGGAGAAGAACGACACGGAAUCGUCUCGGAGGAAAUCGUCGGUGACUUCCACGGGGAAGCAGAGACGAUGCGAGGCGGAGGACGGGGAAGCGGUCGGACUCGCGUCGAGCCGUCGGGCUGCGAUCGCGUCCGCGGCGAAAGGAAUUGGCUCUGAACGUAUCAAGUUCAGCAGGGAUUGCUUGGAUAUCCGGAGUUUUUGCAACGCGAUGACUUGA